AUGCUUCUCUUCAGCAAGGACAGGAAAACCUGUUGCUACAAGCUCUGCCUCCUCACAGGAGGAGACCUGCUGUGGACACGGAGCGGCACCAAGAGCAGCACCAAGAGCAGCACCAAGAGCAGCACACGACACAAAGCAACCGCAGGAAACGGAUUUCUAAGGAGGGAUCUUGGCUCCUGCAGCAGCUCCCCCUGCGGCUCUUUUGGCUCGCUCAGCGCUUCCUUAGCAGAGGGUCUGCUGGCAGGAGCAACAUCUGAACAGGUCAUGAAGCCCCAAGAGGCAGAGCUCGUCUCUGAAAUCUCAAAGCUACAGUUCAUGGUCACAGAACUGAAGACGGGCUUCACCAGCGCCCUGCUGGAGCUCGGUCGGAUCCAGCAUGGAGACUCGCACCUGAGGGAGGAGCUGGAGGAGAACAGGAGGAGCUGUCAGAAAAAAGCUUUCCGCUUGGAGGCGCUGGUYGAGUCUCUGAGGGAGGAACUUGGAGUGCUGAGGAGUCAAAUUGUGCAGCUGUACAGCAACAGGGCCGGGUCCGAGCCAGACGGAAAGAGCCUCACGUCCAAACCAAGAGAAAGCGAUCCAGCAGAGCCAGCCGGUGUUUGUGAGUGUUGUGCUCCCCCACCGGCCUGCCUGUCCAGAGGGAAACUGCUCCUUCACUGCUUCCUCCAGGGUCUGAAGGCCGGGCUGAGCGAAGGAACAGAUGCUCGACACCAGGUGGCCAUGCAGCUCCUGCACUCUGAGUGGGAAUACGUGUCGACCCUGAACCAGCUGCACGACAAGUACAAAACCCCGCCAGCUCUCCAGACCACCGUAGAGCCGUAUCAGACGUAUGUGAGGUUCGUGGAGCAGCUCCUGCAGCGACAUGUGCUCUUCAGGAACACCCUGCAGGAGAGGCUGUCCGCCGAACACUGGAAGUCUCUGGUCGGCGACAUCCUGGUGCAGCUCAUCGGCCAAAACGACACAGCUUUUCCAGAUAUGUAUCUCGAAUACACGACGACGUUGGCGUCGUUCCUCUCACUCGAGUUCAACCGGCUGAAUCAGCAAGGGAAAAGCCUCCAAACACAGAGCGGCCAGAUGGAGAGAGAGGAAAUAAAACUGCUSUCUUUGCUGUUGGCUCCUGUUGCUAGGAUYCACAGCUACCUGAGUCACAUCCAGAACCUGCUGCAGUGGACCGGUAAGGAGCAUCCUGACUGCAGCCUGUUGCUGGGGUCUGAGAGAGCUCUGAGGAGCGUUUUGUCCCGCUGCCACGUGAUCUUGGAGGAGGACGUUCGAUGGGAGGAAGAUGAGGAAGCUGAGCAAAGCUGUGAUGCUGCAGUCGCUGCGUCCUCCGGAAGCUGCUGCACCAGGAGCCAGCAGAUAAGAGAGGAGUCCAGCUGUGCUGCUCAGAGAGAUGUCCAGCCGGCUGCUCCCCUCACCAACGGGGUGGAUGGUGGUCACUCCAUGCGCCUGGAGUGCUGGUCCUGCAGCCCGGUGAGGAGGAAGGGCUUCCUGAGAGACCGGGCCGCCCUGAGGCAGCCCGUCUGCCACUGCGGUCAUGCGUGCUGCUCUCUGCUCGCUCCGGACGCCGCGGGAUGGGGAGAAAACAGCGACUCGGGUCAGGGCACCUUCAGCCAGCCCACGGUGAAAUCCACCAACGACCCGGAGACGACGCACGCAAACAGCGAGACGGACGACACCUCCGCCUUUGACUACUCCUCCGUCACCUCCUGCAGCCCGGAUAGCACCCUGCGCAGGGAGGUGGUGGACACCAACAGCGGGGACGACGAGGACGACGAGGACGAGGAGGACAGCCAGGUGCCCGUGCUGCUGAAGCCCUCAUUCAGCCGGCAGCAGCAGGAGCAGCCGGCGGGGGAAACCAGAGGCAGAACUGUGUGUGUGAGGUGGCAGAUUCCCAGAUUCACCCCUCACCCUCCUGUCAGGAGCCCCGCAGGGCCGCAUGCAGAUGGACCGACGCCUUGCCUCAUCAGUUCCUUUGGGAAGAGACUGGUCAGCCUGAGGAAAGGGUCGCCUCCUCCACAUCUGAAAAGUGCCUUCAGGCCCAUCUGGGACGAUCCAUCCAAGCAGGCCGAUUCUGCUCCAGAGAGGGACAGCAGACCUGCUGGGUUCGUUCCAGUUCCAGCUCCAGCUCCAGUCAGGAACAACUUCCAGGCUUUCGCUCCCAGCAGGGAAAACCUGAGACCUGCGCCUGGUCAGCUGGGAGGGACCUAUGGACCAGCUUUGGACGGGGGAGGACUGUGGGACAGUGAGGACAGCGAGGGGCCUUGCAGCACAGUUUGACUUUUUGCAAAAAAAAAAAAUGGCAGAACAUCUAGAUGCUCUUCAUUUCAAUAAAUCCAUUUGAGAUGUUUUGUGUGAGCAACA